AUGUUCCGCCAAUCGCUUCUGUCUGCCACCCGCACUGCCAGCGCCGCCCGCCUUUCGCGUAUCAACCUCAUUGGCCGCCUCACGAGCCAGCCUGAGGUGCGCGAGAGCCGCAACGGCAAGGAGUACCUCCGCUACGUUGUCGCGACGACCGAUCCUCUUGGUCCUCCCAACGAGGAUGGCACCCCUGCCACCCCCACCUCGUCGUUCCACUCGGUCUUUGCGUUCGGUGAGACGACCGUGAACCGCCUGCGCAACCUGCCCAAGGGUACGCUCCUGUACGUCGAGGCCGACUUCCGCAUCGCGCGCACCCCGAGCGAGGGCGACCUCCCCCCCACCGACCAGUGGCUCGUCCAGCACCGGAGCUACCAGGUGCUGAUGCGCCCCAAGACGGACAUUUAA